AUGGCGAUCUCCAAACCCGCAACCGCAAUCCUCAUCCUACACGCCCUACACAACCUCCUUACAGCUAUCUUCCUUGCGAGCUACAAUAGGUCACGCUUGAAAAUCCUUUCCUCCCUCACCCUCGUGAUUGUCCACUUCAUCAUUCACGCUCGCGUCACAACUCCGAUCUUCCUCGUCACGUUGCUGAUAAACCACUGCUGUCUGCCCCGCUCCUCACGCAUCACCUUCCGCCGUCACUUAGUAACAGCCAUAUUCAUCGCACCGCUACUAGCACAAAUCACGGGACACAGUCUUGGAUUGAUCGGCAAUCCUUACAAGCUCAAAGUUGUCGCGGCAGCUGCGUGCUAUGAUCAGCUUGAUGCAGCCGACGCAACUGUGUUAACUAAAGGCCUGUUUUGUGAGGUCAAGUAUGGGAUUUCGAGGGGAGAGGCAGAGCGUAGGGCUGGGACUUUGAAAACGGGGUUGGGUUAUGUGGAGCUCUUGGCGAUUAAUUGCCUCAGCAUGUGGGAUAUUGACCAUUUUGAGGGAGGGGUCAGAGGUGUUUGUUGGAUGGGGAUGGAGAGGGAGGAUGUGGGAGAGGGGGAAGGGAGGAAUACGCUGAAGCAUAAUUUGAGACGCAGGUUUGAGGAGUGCUAUGGGAAGUUUGGGAUUGAGGUAUUGUGGAAGUGGAAAGGCGAUGGUGCUGAGAUCAUGUUGAAACUGCCAAAGAUCGAGGGAACGAAGUACACGGGCGAAUUCAUACCAAUAGAUGGCGAUUAUCUCGUCAUCUAA